GCGGCCUCCGCUCCCAGCGGGCUGGCUGCGCUGCCGAGAUGCUGGUGGCAGCGGCCGCCGAGCGGAACAAGGUGCCUAUCCUGCGUGUCCUGCAGCAGUACAUGGACCCGGACCAGCGCGGCCUCCGCGUACUCGAGGUGGCCUCGGGCGCCGGCUACCACGUGGCCCACUUCGCGCAGGCCUUCCCUCACGCUGAGUGGCAGCCGUCCGACGUGGACCAGCGUUGCCUGGACAGGGCUGCAGGAGGCGUCAGAAACGGGUGCACCGGCCACCACCACCCACGGCUGCCCUCCCACAGCAUCUCGGCCACCAUUCAGGCCCAGGGGCAGUCCAAUGUGAAGGCCCCGCUGUACCUGGACGUGACCUGGGAUUGGCAGCAGUGGGGCGGGAUCCUGCCGCAGUCGCUGGACCUGCUGCUCUGCAUCAACUUGAUCCACAUCAGUCCCCUGAACUGCACCAAGGGGCUCUUCAAAGCAGCAGGACACCUGCUCAAACCCAAAGCGCUGCUCAUCACCUACGGGCCCUAUGCUGUCAACGGGAAGAUCUCUCCCCAGAGUAACAUGGACUUUGAUCUGACCCUCAGAUGCAGGAACCCCGAGUGGGGGCUGCGGGACACAGCCCUCCUGGAGGACCUGGGCCAGGCCAGUGGCCUGCUCCUGGAGAGGAUGGUGGACAUGCCAGCCAACAACAAAUGCCUGAUUUUCCGAAAACAGUAACCCCUCUUUCUCCCGCAUGCCUUUGUUCCUGCUAAGGCCCCUUCUGGGACAAAACCAGACUUCCAGCCCCUGCCUCCCUGGGCUGGGCCAUGGGGACUGGCCCUGCCCACUCUGGGGGCUUUUGGCUGGUGUCCACAGGGCUGCUGAAUGCCUGAGAAUACAAGUGUUUCUUGUUGUCCCAUU